AUGAAAGAUAUUUUGGGUAAUAAAUCAGACGUUGCAGAGAAAUCAACACAAUCCUUCACAAAAAUGUUUUCAUCUAUUUAUGGAGUAUUGUUUGAUGAGGAGGCGGACGAUCUCGAAAAAUCUGCUGCAAAAUCUCUCCUUCGAAUUCUAUUGCGUAUUUCGUAUCAUAAACAGUAUAAAAAAUAUUUGGUUGGAGAUGAUGCUUUCUGCGUUACUAUUCAAAGUAUUGCCAAACGUCCAAAACAAGAUGUUGCCAAGCGCAUAUGCUGUAAUCUUCAACUUAAACUACCACAAGACGAGUCGAAAAUAGCAGCGUCUUCAAUGAUCUACAUAAGUUAUAACUGGACAGAUGAAGAAUUUUGUAAGAAUUUUGUAAAUGCGCUAAGUGGCAGCAUAUCAGUAAUACCGAUUUGGGUCGACUAUGAACGUAUGGAGUUAUGGGAUGAUAUGCGGGAAUACUCAUUUCAAGUGAUUGAAUCUGCAACAAUAGUUGUUGUCAUUAUGUCAACAGCCUAUGCUGCAAGUAAGACUAGCUAUAAAGAAUUAAAUUACGCCAUCGAAGCUGCCAAAAACUCGACUACGAACAAAAAAAUUAUAAUAGUCGAAGCAGAACCCAAAUUCAAAUGCCACCGAUCUCGGAUGAGUGGUUGGUUAAAAGAGAAUGUUGUUAUUUCUUAUGACGAUAAUAUUGGUAAUAUGGUUUCCAGAGUGCAUGAGUGUAUUGAACGUUCGAAUAAUGCACAGAUAACAUGCUUACCUCUAAUCAAUACUCAGUCGCAAGUUUGUUCUAUUACGUGA